CCUCCCCCUGCGUCCAGCCCUCCGGCUGUGGCGAGCUGCGCUUCCCAUUGCUCCGGACCCCGGUCCGGGGAGGGAGAGAGCGAGAGGGAGGGGAAGAGGCACAGCGCUGGGCAGCCAGGGGAAGGGGCGCGCCAUCGGCAAGCCGAUGUCUGGGCGGCGCCGUCACUGUGUUGUCUGCGGGCUUUGGUCAGAGAUGCAGUGCCUCUGUCCGCCCGGCUUGACAGAUGGAUUGUCCGCGGUGGGUGACAGACGCACUUCCGCUGCCUGUCGGUUGAUGCACCGGGCGACUCCUCCCGCAGCUGGCCGGCUCCCUCCUUCCCGUUUCCAGUCCUCUCCGCUUGCCGAUCACCUGCCGCAGCUCAUCCUUGCUGCUGUUGAAACCUAAAAGGGCAGAUUUCUUGCGGUCAAUAGAAUGCAUUCGCCUUAAUUUGAAGCAAAGGACAACGAGUGUCCGAGGCGGGACCCGCUUUACCAUUGGGGGAGCAGAUCUACAAGGAAGCCAUUGAACAUUGCCGUAACUACAAUGCCCGAUUGUGUGCAGAGCGCAGUGUUCGUCUCCCGUUCCUGGACUCGCAGACUGGUGUUGCUCAAAACAACUGCUACAUCUGGAUGGAGAAGAGGCACAGGGGCUCAGGCUUAGCUCCUGGCCAGUUGUACACUUAUCCUGCUCGCUGCUGGCGUAAGAAGAGGCGUCGCCAUCCUCCUGAAGACCCCAGGCUGAGACUGUGUGAGAUAAAGCUCGAAGGAGAGAUCACCCUAAAAAGAGAUGGCGUGUCAGCUGAAGGAACCACUUUGGAAGCCCUGCUACGUGGGGAGGCACUGGAGAAAAGAAAUGAUUCUAAAGAAGAUGAAACUCUCAACGAAAUUCAGAGGGUUUUAAGCAAUGAGGAGAAUGUGGAAGACCUGGAGGAGGAGGACGUGGAAGAUGAAGUGCCAAAACGCAAAAAUAAACCCCGAGGACGGACACGUGGUGUAGGAGGGAAAAGAAAAACAGACUCCUCUUCCCAGGAAGAUCACGAUAAGCCAUAUGUCUGUGACAAUAGUUUCAAACAAAAGCAUAACUCAAAAACAUCUGACAAAGUCUGUGGCAAGCGAUACAAGAAUCGCCCUGGGCUUAGCUAUCACUAUGCUCAUACGCAUUUAGCUGACGAGGAAGGAGACGACGACCAAGAUUCGGAGCCUUGUUCACCAUCUGUCCUGAAAAGUGACGGGCAUAAAUGGGGCAACGUGUCUGUGCGGAAUAGAACCAGGGGCAAGAAUAGAGCCAUGGAGGAUACCCGAGCUCGGAAAGGCCCAGAUGGGGUGAUCAUGUCCAACAACUACUGCGACUUCUGUCUGGGCGGGUCGAACAUGAACAAGAAGACGGGCAGGGCUGAGGAGCUGGUCUCGUGCUCUGACUGUGGACGCUCCGGUCACCCCACCUGUUUGCAGUUCACAGUAAAUAUGACUGCAGCUGUGAAAACCUAUCACUGGCAAUGUAUUGAGUGCAAAUCCUGUAGCCUGUGCGGAACAUCUGAGAAUGACGACCAGUUGUUGUUUUGUGAUGACUGUGACCGGGGUUACCAUAUGUACUGUUUAAACCCACCAAUGAUGCACCCUCCUGAAGGAAGCUGGAGUUGCCACUUGUGCCUGGAGCAACUGAAGGAAAAGGCUUCUGCUUGUGUCAGCAAACCCUAGUUCAGUGUCUUCAAGUUUUAUAUUUUUUUAAAUCAGUUUAAUGUAGAUGCCCGUGGUCAGUAUUUGCACAUUCAGGCUAAAAUAUGAACCUUUUACAAAGUGUGAAGAUAAAGCAAAGUAUUACUACGUUUAGCCUGUAGUUCAGUAUCGCAGUCAUCCCAAGUUUGAUCAUUGUCACCUCCCUGUGUAUGACAGUGUUGUAGCAGUGUCAUUAGAAUCCUCACUGUUGGAGUUGGCUGUAGUUGACAGUUCAAUUGCCUUUAACCACUCAGUUCACUUUGCAAAAUUACACAAAGAUUCCCGUCAUUAAUAACUGAAAUUGCCUUUAAAUUUCCUAAUUAGUUACUGAAAUAUCCUGAGUUCCUAUUUACCCGAAGGUUGUGCAUUUACCAGAUUUGAUGAAAAAAAACAGUCAACUAAAUGUUAACAACAGGAAUUCUGCAGAUGCUGGAAAUUCAAGCAACAGACAUCAAAGUUGCUGGUGAACGCAGCAGGCUAGGCAGCAUCUCUAGGAAGAGGUACAGGCAACUUUGAUGUGUGAAACUAAAUGUUAGCUUGUUUGAAAUUAUAAUGUCCAAUUAAACAAAAGAAUAAUAGAUAACUCGUGGGAGAGUGGGGCUGGGGUAAUAUUUCCAAUCAGAGCACUGCUAGUCCCAUUCCGUAGCUCUGUGAAACACUCGAGCCUCAGCUAACGUGGCUGUACGGAAUGUAGUCAGAGUCUGAACAGUCAGUCGUCAAUCCUGAUCUUAAUGUUGUACACUACAGAAACGGCCAGUGUUAACUUCAAACUUGAAAGCUUUACAUUCAACAGCAUUAUUGGUUUUUUACAUGCCUUCAUGACCAACCUAAACAAGUUGGCAAGACUUUUUUUAGUCAGCUGUCUGUCAGUUUGUAUUUUCCAUUUAGACACUGCUGUAGAGAAUAGUUGCUUCAGAGAAGGUCUAACACAAAACACCCGCUCGGCUCUGUUCUCGUACUUCACUGUCGCAUUCCAACAUCACUUCACUCCGUUCCAAAAUAAGAUGCCAGUAUAUUCUAUGAUAAGGUGAAAGAUAAUUCCAUUAUAUUAGACUUUGGUGAGAGUAUCAAUGUUUUUGUGGUUAAUACGUGGUGUUAAUAAUCAAGAAUAUUAGCAUAUCUGUAUCAGUAUUUUAUAGAAAUCAUCAGAUCUAAUACCAGUGUAGAAAUUGUGUGUGCUUGUCUGUUUACAGUUCAGAUGCUCGAGGUAGUCUAUAAGUGUACUUUCUUGUCACUGUAACUAAGGAACUGGGAAUUAUUGUGGUAUGUUGAUGCUGCACUGUCAGAGAUGUGCUAUCUUUUGAGUGAAAUGUUACACCAAACCCGUCGGCCUAUUUGGGUAAAGACCCUGUGACACUAUUUUGAGUAAGAAGGUGGGUUAACCUGGUUGACAUCAAGCCUUUCACCAAUCUCACUAAACAUCUAUUACUUUUAUAUAUUACUCUGCAGAUUUCAAAGUUACAACUGUGGCUUCCAGUAGUUCACAAGCCAGGGGCACUGAGAUUGUGAAUGACACUACAGAGAAAAAAAACAGACUGGGUUUUGUUUUUAAUUUAUUUCUGAAUAUGCCCCACGAGAGCUCGUGGUAUUUUGGAGUUAGCCCAACAAUUAGGCUUCAUGGUUCUCCCCAGCCAGCCACAGGCCUCUUCUUGUGUUGACAAAGUUAAAUAUCAAUGCACACCUGUUACCGGGGUGUGUUCAUUCAGGAACAUCCCCAUUGCCUUUUGUCUUUAAUAGGAAGUCCCAAUGAGAAUUCACAUUGUCUUAUUUUGCAGGUAAGGGGAGGUUUUGUUUAACUGCUUGAUGCAUUUCCUUCCCUGUAUUCGUGCAUCCAAGCUGCCAUUCCCAACACUAACCCCCUUUCUUUGCAGUCUAAUCUCCAAAGGGCCCACUUCCUUUGUCUGCAUGCAGUGGGUCCCAGUCCAGUGACCUUCAGGCAGGAUAUGAAGCCACAGAAAGAAUCACAGCCAAGCUCACUACGUCCACUUUACCUUUUGAAUAGAAGGAAAUGAGCUGUCUGAACAAAUCAACGACACCAGCGUUAUCUCUUUAUGUAUUUAUUGAGAUACAGUGCAGAAUAGGCUCUUUCGUUACUUCGAGCCGUGCUGCCCAGUGAUGCCCCUGUUUUAAUCCUAGCCUAAUCACAGGACAAUUUACAAGGUCCAAUUAACCAGUGACAGUGGGAAGAAUUUGGAGCACCCAGAGGAAAAUGUACAAACUCCUUACAGGCAGUGGCAAGAAAUGAACCCGGGUCACUGGUACUGUAAAUCGUUGUGCUAACCACUACGCUACAAUGUCCUGAUGUUUUUCAUGCAGCUUUGGAGACCUGGUCACAGGUCAUUUAUUCAUCAGUAAUCAUUGUCAUUACAGCUCUUCUAGGGAUUAAUAACUGGGCAAAAUUGACAGUGUAACUUACUCAGUAUCCAUUUACAGAUUCAAUGUGUACAGUAAUUGGGAUCAUUUCACAGGUCCUAUGAUGGUCAAAGUUGAGUUUAUUGUCACGUGCACAAGUGCAUCUGAGCAAUAGACGUACCUGUAUGGCAUCACAGGUACGUAACGUCAGACAAAGUCAUAUAAUACAGGGUAAUGUCCCGACGAGCUUUACAAGUGAAAUUAAAGGCAGACCUACAGGAUCAAUGCCUCAAAGAAAGUGGCUGGACAUGCUGACCUUCUGCCUGAGCUACCGGUGUGUAGACCCCUAACACUGUCUCCUCUGCAGGCAAUGUUCAACUGCACUGACCGUAAGCAGCUUAACUGGCUGAAACAACCACUGGUUGUCAGUCGAUGGACCCAGCAUCAUUCUGUUCCAUUCAAUUUCCUUGUUUACUUCGCAAUAUAGUGCAGAGUACAGUGCCCAACAACCCCACAGCCCUGAUUAGCCCUAACCUAAUCACAGGACAAUUUACAAUGACCAGUUGACCUACCCGGUGGGAGCAGACGAGCGCCCGGGGAAAACCCACACGUUCCACAGGGCGCUGGAGUUGAACUCUGAACUCAGGAGCGGCCAGAGCUGUAACAGCAUCGUGCUGACCAUUAUCCUUACCCGGUGCUCGGCUUAUCCCACCUGGAACAUACAAGUGUGAAACUUCUCUCUGCUUAUCAGGUCUGCUGCGUUCCCUGGGUCCCUCCUGCCUGCUGCCCCCUUGUAAGUGUAUCUUGGUUGGAGCUGUUAUACGUGGUAAACCGAUUUCUGAAUCUCCAUUACCCAGCAAGUUAGCUUAGUGAGCAGGAAUUUAAAAUAGACUGCCUUUGGAGUGAUUGGGUUCUCGGUGUACUCGAAUGAUUAUCAUACGUUUAUCGUGUGGCCAGAUCAUCACAUGCUCCCCACUGCCCCCUCCCCAUACACUGCUGGGGUGCCAGAGAAGUUGGUAGUUCAUUUCACGCUGGGAGGUGAGAGAGUCACUGCAGUACCACAGCUGAAAGGAGUUCUUCCUGCUUUAGAUGGAAGGAUGGUUGGUAUAUGGCAGGUGGUUAUAGAUUCACCUCUGCUGUGGAGUAGAGCAAACUUUCAGCUCGAAAUUGUAUCACAUAGGCUCUGCUUACCACUUUCUAUAGUACUGAAUAUGCUACUUAUCCAGCUAUGUAAUGGUAAAAGAAAACUUGUGUCUUAUACUCAACGGACAGAACAAUACUGUUAAACUGCACCUUGUAGAAUUUAACUGCUCCUCCUGCAAAAUUCUGCCUUUGGCAAAAACAAUACAAACAAGAGUGAAAGGUUCAGGGAGUGUUUGUGGAAUCGUAUUCAGUCCAUUAGUUAUAUUUACUUAAAGAUAUUUGUAGAGUCACUUGUUCGAUAAUCAAUAGGUUUUGCAACACUUAGGCCAAUUUUUUGAGAGUUUGCUUUAGUUUUCUGGGGAGGGAAAGGAAAGAGAGAAGAAAGGACUGAUUUAGAAUGAUCCAUUACGUAAUUAAUCAAAGAAGUUUUGUGAAUCACAAGGAAAUAUGAGAUACUAACCCUGAAUGGCUGAGGAAUACACGUAUUCUGAUCGGAUGGUGUUCUGAGAGGCAAAAGAUGAGAUGGAAUUUCCUAGUUUCUUGGGAGUUAAGUUUUGAAGUGUGGAAGUCUAAAUUUCUCUGGGGGGGUGUAGGGUGGAGGGUGUAAGUUUUUAAGGUGAGUGAGCAGGCAUGCAGACUGGGGGGGCUGACAUCUCCCACCUCCUGUGCAGGUUACAAACAUGGCAGCCUGCCUUUACACGGGGUCAGAACCAGCAGUUUGAAAGGGAGGAUAACUGCCACUGAUCUUGUGCUACAUAGUUGCCACUUUCAAUUUAUUCUUGUCCAAGCUGCAACUCUCUCCCUUGGAAUGAGGUUUGUAAACUUUUACCAUCACCCUAGUCACCAGUUCCCACUGAGGACCGGACUGCGCAGACAGUGGUAAUCACUCCUCUGACCACGUUGGGCAGUAUCAGAUGUCCAGUACAACUGAAAGGCUUCCUGAGUACUCCAGGAGCAGACACAGACACAGAGGCUUCCUGAGUACACCAGGGGCAGACACAGACACAGAGGCUUCCUGAGUACACCAGGACCAGACACAGACACAGAGGCUUCCUGAGUACACCAGGGGCAGACACAGAGGCUUCCUGAGUACACCAGGGGCAGACACAGAGGCUU